GAAUCCCAAAAGAGCGCCGUCGUCGGAAACGCGACGUCGCGGGACCGGGCGACGUUUUUGGCCGCCGAUCCCGCGAGUCGAUGGUAACAAGAUCCGUCGGCGUCCGCGUAGGUCCCGGGGAAAGUCGCGCGGACGACGACAAAGCCGCGCGGGGCCGUCCGAAACGGCUUAGGCGUUCCCGGCCAGUGCUCGGCGAACCCGCGAAUUUCGACCGUACGCACACGAAAACGGGGCCGCGGGUCAGGCACAGUAUACGGUGGACGGGCGGCCGUCGAUUCGUCGAUUUUUUUUUUUUUUUUUUUUACCGCGAACGAGCGAAAACACACGCCGGAGGAACUGCCGCGUUGGAAAACGACGCGGCGGCGAAUCGCGAAGCAUCCGGAUUUUCGCGGUAUUACGGAGAAAACGUCGUCGUCGUCGUCGUCGUCGUCGCAGCCGGCGAUUAGCACGCGUCGGACCGGACGACCGGUUGCCGGGCAACCGGGCAAUUUGGAUCGCCGGCGGUGCGCGCGACGAAGAACGUAACAAACAUCGGCGUCCGGAGCCCUCGAGAGCCGUUCGCGCGACAGGCGCGCAAAGUGUCCGUCGGCCGCCGACGGGGUUGUCGCCGGUCCGCGGCGAAAACGCCCGCGGGCGAACGGUAACGGACGUUUCGCGGGACCAUCGCGUCCGACGCACGGUCCCGG